AUGUUAAGCCCAGCUAGACUUCGGAAAAGUUUAUCUCCAUACACAGAAUAUGAACCUUCUGAUAAGCCACCACUCCAUCCGCAUACAAAUUCGAUAAAAAACAUGAAUUUGCUUCGCGUUGUGCCUGUCUCGCGAGCGAAUACACGUCGCAAAUCAGCACCUGAAAUUGAAAUGUGUCUUGAAUUAAUGCCUGAAGAAAGUAAAAAUAUGAGGCGCAAUUCUGCUGCUUAUUCUAAUAUGAGAGGUGAACCUCCUUCAGAAAAGUUGCGACGAAAAUCGUUGAAAAUGCUGGACUUGAUCGCUAUUGAAAAAAACGUAACUGCCACACAAUCCAGGCGCAAUAGCGAGGUUUCGUAA